AUGUUCGGAUUUCUUUGGUCAGCCUCUAGUUCUUCUUCAACAACAAAUAACGCUUGUUACUCUGGCUCCACUACAGCUGGCCACGUUCGAUACGCGAUGCUUAACGAGGAUGGGAGCUUAGGUCGACAGCAGAUGCCCUGGUAUUCACGUGUUUGGGCGGCGAUCACUUGGGUUAUCUUCACGCUGAUCUUACGUUGCGAUCAACCGGUUUAUGGGAUCGAAGACGGACGACUGGAUGAGGAUGGAACAAGAUCGCGAGUGAACAGUGCACACGAAGCCCUCGAAUUGAUCGACGAAGAGGCGGAAGUGGGAAAAGAGAAAGAACAAGAGGAAGCCGUGCAAGAGGAGAAAUUUAAUCGACCAAAGAGUGAGAAGAAAAAGGAGAAAUUCGGUCGAGGAAUAAGCUUAUUCUCAAAAGUGAAGAAACAGGUCGAAGAGCGAUUGGAGACGGCUCGAGCUUCGGAAACGCCGAAAAAAGCUGUCAGACGAGAAACCCUAACAAGUGAGGCGAGAAGCGAUCGUCUUCCAUCAACGUCAAGCACAGCCGGCCCUUCAACAUCGUCAUCAUUCCAAAGUCUCGUCUCAAAGGGAGUAAGUGCCGGAAAAGCGCUCAAAGAAACAAUACAGAAUCUAAACGAGCGAGGUGAUCGCUUGGAGGCAACAAGUGAUGCAACGGAACGAUUGGCCGAUUCAACCCGGGGAUACGCGGCCACUUCAUCGGCUCUUCUCGCGAAAUACAAAGGAAAGGGUGGACUCUUUGGA